AUGCUUUACUUCCAUGUUGUCCUUCUGUUAUGCCCAGAUGCCUGUGAUGCUCCACCAAGAUUUCAAUCUAUGAUGCUCAAAGGUAAUCCCAAGAACACUUACAAUAAUGGGGACAAUGUAGAAUAUCAGUGUCGCCCAGGAUAUAUGCGCAGUGUUCCUCUUCUCCCCAUGUCUUCUGUUUGUCAACCUGAUGGCACAUGGACACCUCUCCAGGAGGCUUGCAAAAGGAAAUCAUGUCCACAGCUAGGAGAACCUGUAAAUGGUGAAGUAAACUACAUAAAUGGAACUUUCCAGUUUGGUUCACAGGCUCACUAUGUUUGCAAUGAGGGUUAUUAUCUACUUGGAACAAAAAUUCUAUAUUGCGAACUUUCUGGAAAUACAGUGGAAUGGAGUGACAGUCCCCCACAGUGUGAGAAAAUCUUGUGUCAACCACCUAGACAAAUAUCAAAUGGAAGAUACACCAAUAGCCACAAGGAUACAUUUGAAUAUAAUGAAGUAGUAAUUUAUAGAUGUAAUCCUUCAGCUGGACCAGAUGAAUAUUCACUUGUUGGAGAAAGCAGGCUUGUCUGUUCUGGGCCUAACCAAUGGAGUAGUGAGCCUCCUGAGUGUAAAGUGGUCAAAUGUCAAUAUCCAGUACUUAAAAAUGGAAGACUGGUGUCAGGACUUGGGAAAAGGUUUUACUACAAAGCGACGGUUGUAUUGGAAUGCCUGGAGGGCUUUUACCUUGAAGGCAGUGCCACUAUUGUGUGUGAAGCAAACAGUAUUUGGGAGCCUGAGAUUCCAAAAUGUAUCAAAGGUACAAACUCUGGCACUGUUUCUAAUCAGGGCCCAUCUUUGCUAACCAUCUGUUUCCGUGGCCACCACUGGCGCCCUCACAUCUCGGACCCGGACCUAUGGCCGGGCUUCUCCACGCCAAGCCCAUCCUGUUUCUCUCCUGUUGGCAAGUGCUCAGUGAACCUGAACUCUGGAGUAAAAACAAAAAACACACCAAAGAAACCUUGGCAUCCUAAAAUCAAGUAA